UGCAGACUCAAACAAGAAAAUGGAUGCUCGGCAAAAUUUCAGCAGACCCUCUUUUUUCAAAAUGAUGACUGGAGAUUUCCAAAAAAAGCUUAAAAUGCCAGUAAAUUUCAUUGGGACUUUUAACGGGAUGAUACCCUAUGAUUCGAAUCUACGAAGUCCAUUAGGAUGUUGGAAUGUGAAGGUUAAAGAAGAAGAACAUGGUGGUUUAUCUUUCCGUAAAGGAUGGCCUGAUUUUGUUGAAGCGCAUUGUUUAGGCCAUGAGGAUGUUGUAAUUAUGAAAUAUAUUGGUAAUUCGCAGUUUUCUGUUAAGUUGUACGGUAGAAAUGGAUGCGAAAAGGUAUUGCCUUCCGCGGGUAGCAAUGGCGUAAAAUCGAUUUCCUCGAGGAAGAUGAUUGAAUAUGGAGAAACGAGUAAGGGAAAAGUCAUCACUAAUUAUGGUACCAACUUUGAUCGACAUAAGGAUCGUGCUGACGAUAUUGGAAGAGAUUCCUUUUGUUCCGACAAAAGGAGCUGUGGAUUGCUUAAAUACGAUUCACUGGAGAGAAAAACAACUGUCAGAGGGACAGGGGGUGAACGAGAAGAGUGUUCGCGUAAAGGGAAGCCGUAUUUUCUCGUUAUUUGGACAGAGGAUAAGAAAUAUCAAAUGGAGAUUCCCGUAAAGGUGGUAAGAAAAAUAGGAAGGACAUUGUCUGAUAUUGUCGCUCUGAGGACUGCUAAUGGUAAACUUUGGAAUGUGGAACUAAAGAGAUCGGAAGGCAAGGUUUGGUUUCACAAAGGUUGGAUGGAAUUCAUUGAACAUCACUCUUUAAGGGAUGGUCAUGUUUUGGGAAUCACUUACAAUGGGAAUUCACAAUUCUUUGUGCGUAUUACCGAUGUUAUGGAGCGUUUAGAUGAUUCCAUCAACCAAGGAGAGUCCAAUCCUAAGAAAAGACGCCGGUUGAGCCAAAGGGAAAAGGACAACGUGAUAUUGUUGGACGCACCUCCAUCUCGAGCUCAUGUUAAUAGUAAGACAGAUGAGGAAAGAGCAGAGUUGUCAUUUCCUCCAGGUCUCGAAGUCCCCAUUCAACUCAACAAAAAUAAGGGUACAAAGUCUUUGGUGUUGCAUAAAACCAGGUCAGGUGAACGCCUACCGGUUGCUAAAGAAGAAGAAGAGAGUGAAGACACGUCUGAUUCACCUGACGCCUCAAAACUUUCCCGUAAAUCAUCUCGGAGAUCCAGAUCCGAAGGCAAUGAAAGAGUGGCUGAAGUAACCAAGUUAUUCAAGCGUCAGACUCAAAAUCCUUUCUUUGCAGUUUGUAUGCGAGAUAGCUAUUUAACUAAUGGAUAUCUGCUUAUUCCUCAUAGCUUUGCUAAGGAACAUCUACCGAAGAACAUAAAGAAUGUCAUGGUUCGAAGUUCAGACGAUAAAGUGUGGACGCUUGGGUACUAUUACAGAGGUUAUGCAGCAAGACUAUCUGCUGGUUGGACUUCUCUUAGACGAAGUUUAUGUCCGACGGAAGGAGAUGUUUGUGUCUUUGAGGUGCUUAAGGAGAGAGAUACAGAAAUGAGAGUUUCUGUUUACAGGGAGAUUGACAAUGUACUCACCAGAAUAUGAUGGAGUAUAGAAAGGCAUCAUGCCAACAUUUUAUUUUAUUUUAUCCAAGUACUGGUGUAUGGUAAUUCCAACUGCUGUCAGGAUUUAGCUGUUAAUCCAUUUCAUCGGUAAAUUGUGCGGGCAUGAACAUG